CUCGGACAUGCGCACUCCGCCCACAGCUGAAGUAAAUGCGUCAACUUGUGUUUGGAGUUCUGUGCAGCAGAAGUUGUGUGUUUGUGUUUGUGGGACAUGAGCGAAGAUGAAUGAGGACACAUUUGAGGUCUCAGAGAGGACAGAGUACCGUUACCUGGUUCAGGAGGAGGACGGGGACGAGGUGCAGUACGUCCGUCACAGACACUACAUCAGCCCCUUCCUGGUGCUGUCCCGACGCUGCAUCUUCCUCAUCUGCCUCGGCGUGCUCUCUCUGCUCGCUCUCGCCACCUACCUGGGCUACGUGGCCCAGACGCUGCCGCCAGGUGUUGCCCAGGUGUUAACAGACCGUGGAGAGUACAGAGGAAAACACAAAAAUGGCGCCUACUCCUUUAAGGGCAUGGCCUACGCUGCUCCACCCGUCGGUAACCUGCGCUGGGCUCCUCCAGCCGAACCCGUGUGCAGGAGCGGGGUGACCGACGCAAGCCGCUUCCGCAGCAUGUGCCCUCAGGUGCGUCCGAUGUCGAGCGCGGGGAGGGUGAUGGGCCAGGAGGACUGCCUCUUCAUCAACGUGUGGACGCCCACGCUGCGGCCCAGCGCCAAGCUGCCCGUCAUGGUCUGGAUCCACGGAGGUUACCUGCACAUGCUCAGCGGAGGAGAGCAGGGAUACUCGCCCACGGAGAAGCUGGCCGCGGAAACGGGGAUGGUCUACGUCAGCUUCAAUUACAGACUCAACGCCUUCGGCUUCCUGGCACUGGAGAUGCUGAGAGCAGGUUCUCCUAAAAACACCUCAGGGAACUAUGGCUUCUUGGACCAGAUCUCAGCUCUCAAGUGGGUCCAGAGGAACAUCCACUUGUUUGGAGGAGAUCCUGGGAAAGUCACCAUAUUUGGACAGAGCUCAGGUGGGACGUCGGUGUGGACCAUGAUGAUGUCCCCGUUGGCGAAGGGUCUCUUCCAUGCAGCGGUGGACGUGAGUGGCUCGUACGUCUACGAGGCGACACUGGAGAAGGCUGAGUCCGACAAUCGGGGGUUCCUGGAGAAGACGGGCUGCAGAAACGCCACCUGCCUCAGGCGUCUCUCCGUCAAACAGGUCCUACAGGCCAUCCCGUGGCAGGAGUACCCCUCCUGGGGAGGAGAUGACCUGACAGACCUCCCCACUAAAAACCGCUUCGUCGGCCCAGUGGCAGUGGUGGACGGAUACGUCCUGGAAGCUCCGCCUUUUCGGGUCUGGGAGAAGAAAGGAGAGUACAGUGACGUCCCGUUCCUCAUCGGGACGACAGAGCAGGAGGCUGACUACAGUCCUCUGGUUAAUAACAUCUCCACAUGGACCUGGGCGGACUACCAGUGGUUCGUAACAGAAAAACUAAAGUCCUUCAACGAGAGUCUCGCCAGAGACGCACUGCUCCUGUAUCCGAGCUCGGCCCCCUGUCCCACCACAGACCGCUGUCCAGAGAGGGCCUACACCACCAUGGUGUCCGACAUCAGGGUCACCUGCCCCAACAACGACCUGGCCUGGAGAGCUGCAGCUGCACUGAACAGCCCUGUGUAUCGCUACGUGGUGACGCACACGCCGUCCAGACCGGUCAACGUGACUGGAGACCUGCUGCCGUUCCCCAGCCGCUUCUCCUUCCACUGUCUGGACGUCGUGGCUUUCUUCGGAGGGCUGGAGUUCGCCCUGGGGAAGCCGCUCUCUGAUCAGGACAGGAGCUUCCAGAACCUCGUCACACGUCACCUCGUCAACUUCGCCAAAACAGGUAAGAUGGCGAGUGAGUGGCCUGAAUACCCAGCAGCCACUGCUCUCCUGUCCAGCAGCCUGUCGCUGGCUCAGAACCACUCUGCUGCUCGGUGCGAGCUGUGGAAGGAGAACGGCCUGUACGACUACGCCUGGACGAACUGAGCGCAGACGGCGGCUGAGAGCUGCGAUCGUCUGACCGCUCAGUCCUUCAUCACUAGACUUUGUCACACUGAGGUGAUCUCAUGUAGACGAGUCCCCCGUCUCAUCCAGCAGCCAGAAACUGGACUCAAAGGGUCAGUUUGAAGCACAGUAAACGUAUUUUCCGUCCUCCAGUGACAUGUUUCCGUCCAGAUUCAGCAGUUUUGCUUUUACUUGAACAGGUUUUGAGAAGCCUGUCAGGCGUCUCUGCCUCCACUCCAGUGGAAUUAAGGUGAAUGGAAUUUAUUUCACGCUGUGAGCGAGAAAGAAAUUUCAUUUUAAAAUUCUACAGAAAUGUUUCUCUCAAGAAACCGUGUCCUGGCUGUCCCCUGAUAAUCCACAGACCUCAGUGUGAGCAGCUUUCAUUGGAUCUGUUGUCUGUUAAAAAGAAAUAGGAAACUGAAACCGUCUGCGUGGUCAGACACUGUUAGAGCUGAGUGAGGAGCUGACUUCUCUUUUGUAAUUUGGGCGAAUUGACCCUUUAACAAACUCACUCCACAGUGAAGUGACUUCAUCAGAUCUGGAGCCUGUUAAAGGUUUGAAGGAAACUCACAGACCAAAGUGACUGACAGUGAAUUUUACACUCAGGAUGAUCUGAAAUGGGAUUUUUAAAGGAUUUAGAGGAAAAUGAAGGUUAUUUUUAUACGUGUGAAGUGUGAAUGUAAAGUGUCCUUAAAUGGAAAGUGACCCUGUUUUAACUUAAGUUAAAAGUUAAUAUGAUCAAACACCAAAAAGGAGCAUCAGGCCUCUUCAGAAGGCUGAUCAAUCAGAUGCUUUGUAGUUUUGACAAAUGAGUGAAAAAGUUUAAUAUUUAUCUGAUCGUGUUCGGUGUUUUCCUCACAGGGAUCCGGACUUUUUCAAAUCAGGAAGAAAAAGCAGUAAUAUGCUUAAAAUUUAGUGUCUCCAAAAUUUCAGCUUCUCAGGAAUUUUUAAAAAACUUUGAAGGCCACAUUAAAUACAGGGGACAUAACGGACACUUGGCAGCUUGACUGUAAACCCAGAGACCUAACUGUAGUGGUGCACACAAGAUUAAUCAUAUUAGCAGAAGCAUUUGACAUGAAGUGAACCUGGAACUCGUCGGGUUCCUGAAGGUCCAGCGUGUCAGGACCAUUGUCCAGCAGGUCACCUGGUCUUGUUGGCGUUUGGAAAAUUUACUCAACCUGAACAUGACUCACGGCCCCUGAUGGUCCCUGAACCCUAUUUUGGGAACCUUUAUUUGGUGACUGCUUUCAAAAUAAGGUGUCUGUUGAACUGACUCUGACUAAUGCGAGAUAAUGAGGUUAAUAUUGGACUGUUGACGUUGUUGACCUGUGUGUGUCUGUGAAACAGCCCGGGUGGAAACUGGAUGUGGCUGCAUCUGGUUCCAGCUGUGCCACAGCUCCGUCACAUCUCAGCUGUGGUUUAAAUAUUCAUUCCAGGUGUUUCACACAGAUUUCUGAUACUGUUUCGAGUCUGUGCUGCCGAACAUGAAGGGCCAGUCGCGUCCCGUGGGCACAUGGGUAGUUGCAGCCUCCAGAACUUAAAGGGAAUUUGAGUGACGAGCAGGUGAACACAGCUGAGGUCCAGUUCACUGCCAGGUAACGCUGACAUGGGUUUCUACAUUCAGGGAAGUGACUGAGGUGAGAGGGGGAUGUGAGGUGUGUGAGUUUUGUAGUAAAUUGUGUUGAUCGUGAAGCUUUGAAUGUGUCGCUGAAUCACAGCUCCGCUCUUUGCACUGAGUCAUAACCUUUAACGCUUUGGCCACUAAGUCGUUGCACUUUCCUGUGAACGUAUGUUAUUACAUGUAUUUCUGCUGCAGUCACAGUGAGUUAGUUGAAGUUUGUUCCCUUUUUCAUCCUGUUUCAUUCCAGAUGUUUGUGAAGCAGCUGCAUGAAUUCACUGAUUUACUCCCAGUGUUGUCUUCAAUUAUUCACAAUUAUUUUUUCUAUUUUUUGAACCACUUGUGACGUUUGCAUCGUGGGUUCAGAGGUCCUUCUGAAAUCCUGUCUGGUUGUGUGCUGAUGCUGUGAAACUUUCUCACUCUUUAUAUGCUCAAUAAAUUGACACCACAUCA